ACAGAAUACGGUUUAUUUCCCGCUGAAUCGUUCACCGUCUUCGUCGUCCAGACCCAGACUCCAGAGAUCUUUUCAGUUUGCACAGUUUCACUAUGGGACGUGUUCACGAGACAGUAAACUGACGUUUAGCGUUGGAAAAUACACUUGUUGAUUUUGACUAAUUAAGCACAGAUCAAUUUAUUCUGUGAUUAAAGUAUGAGUUCGAAAAAACAAUGUAUACAGAGAAAAAAAGAAGCUCUAAAAGAGUUGACGAUAGAAGAUGUAUUUUGCAUUGCGUGCCGAUGUAUUUACUUGCAACCAGUGACUAUGCCUUGCAAUCAUACACUGUGCCUGGAAUGUUUCAAGAGUAUGGUCAACAUAACUGCAUAUCAGUGUCCAACGUGUCGUCGGCGCAUUAGCAACUGGCUUCGAAAAUACAAGCAUAAUUGGAAUGCGUUGGUCAAUGAGAAUUUAUGGAAAGCUAUAAACCAACAAUUUCCAGAAGAAAUAAAAAAAAGACUGAAUGACGAGGAUGACGGCCUUGAAGAACGUAUUGUUAGCCAAGGUUACAAUCGAAUUUCAAUAGAACCCGGUGUGAUAGGCAGAGAAUUUGAAGAUAUGAGAAAACAAAUAGAAGAAGAACGACAAAAAAUAGAGAUUCAAAAUUUAGAGUUGGCCAAAAAAAUUCAAGAAGAGGAAGAAGCUAAUUUGAGAGCGAGAAAUGCCGAAAAUGCCGAACUAUCUCAAGUAGAUCUAAGACUUGCAACAACUAUGCAAAACGAAAUAGAUGAACAAACUCAUCAAGAACAACUAUUAAAUGAAUUUGAUAUGCAGUAUGCAGCUACAGUACAAAGCCAGUUGUCAUUAACUCUGGAGAAAGAAAAAACAAUUAGAGCUCUGAAUAAAAAGAAAAUUGACAGUAGAGAGCCUGAUCAAAACAAAUCGGGUCCCUUAGACAAAAUGUUCAGUAAUUUAAAAACAAAAAAAUCUGAUGCAUUCGAGCGUAUUCAAAACAAAGAAAAUAUUUCGUCGUCUAGUAGUUCUUCAAGUUUUUACACGGAUUCCUACUCAAGUUCGUCGACUACAGAUUUGUCGAUGGUAAUAGAAGAAGAAGAUACGUGUACUUGUGGACGUUUGUUAGGCAAGUUUGACAACAAUGUACCACCUUGUAGAUUUUGUUUUGCACAAAUUACACAGAUGGAGAAAUUGUUAGCCCAACAAAAUGAAGAUUACUUAGUAGCUUUAGAUCUUCAGAAAAAACUGGAGAUGUCCAAUUUCGAGUCAUAUAAUCUUCGUAAACGUUCAAGUUCUACUCUAAUGCCAAACCGUAAAAGCCAAAAGUUACUCAAAGGACAACAGACAUUAAAGUUUAUUUAAAAAGUGUAUAUUAUGUCGGCAUUUUUACAUCUUGUAUGAUAAUUUUUUUUGUGUUAAAAAUGAUCUUGGUAUGAGUUGAUUUUAUCUAUUUUUUUUUAACUUAGCUAAGAUUUGCUUGUUUUCUUAAAUUUUACUAAAUAUUUGUAACCAAUUGUCAAUUUUUUUUUCGUAAUAAUAUGUAAUAAUACAGAAACAGUUUAAACUCAAAUUCAUUUGACAUCUAAUAAAAUAUAAAACAACUUACUUGACAUGA